AGAUCGUCGAACAUUUCACAUUAUCCUUAUCACUCGUUCUACGACUUCAUUCAAAAGUGUUAGGCUUUUACCAUUACCCGAAUUUCGUUCACCAUGAAUGCCCGUCAGCAUCUAGUGGCAGGACACUCUCAUGGCCAUGAUGCAGACUCUGAGGAUGAUUGGGACAAUGGAGCUGGAGACCACCAGCAAGUGGCCGAAUCCUCGGACGCUGAGAUGGUAGACCACGCCAUGGGAUUCAUGCACCAUGCACAACCUUUCUCAUCGGAAACGACUUUUGCACCUCUUCAAAAGCCUGUUGCAAUUCCUCAAGUCUCUCCAACACUCGGAGCACCUUUUGCCCGGGCGUACGCCGAAGUCCUGCAAUCUUAUGACAUCAACCCUGUUACAUGGAUGGAGUUUGUCGACAAUUUCAAUGUUCUGCUCACGGGUUCGCCUCCAUUGACCGCGUUGAGCGUUGCCGGUCAAGCCAUGAGCUUUGUUCCAGUCCACUAUCUUGGACUUGCUGGCACAGGUUUGCAGCUAGCUGCGGGGUUGGGCAAAUACGCCAUGGUCAAGACAAGGUGCGCACACUUUGUGAGAAGAAGCAAUGAACAAUUCUUUGUACCUAGAGGACUGAAAGUCAAAAUCCUGAAGACAGAAUACCUUGCGAAAAUCUGCGGCGUACGUUUGGAGGAGCUCAUGGUGAAGCCUUUGCAGCCCGGAAUGGACAUGGACACGAUGGGAGGACCUUUGGAUCGCAGACUGCAGGCUGUCGCAGGUCAUGUUGCGGAUUUGACCAUGGACGUGCCUCCGCCAACAGAGCAAACCAAUCUUCUUGCCAAGAUAUCAGCCAAAGAGAGUGCUCACUCCGAGGCCAAAAUGGACAAGAAGACUAUGAAGGGUAGAGAGAAAGCCAUGGAAAAGAUGCCUGCCGCACCAGGAGGGGUCGAUGCAAAAGCCCAAAAAGAGUUAGACAAACUUGACAGCGAAGAGGAAAAAGUACACAGAGAAGAAACGAAACCCAAGAAAAUCGAGAAGGAGUUGCGGAGGAUUGAGGAGGAUAGGCAGAAAGUGCUGGCUGACGCACAGAAGGAUUCGGGCAAAGAUCAGGAGGAUUCUAUCAAAGACGACAAGGAAGUCAAGAAGAGUAAGAAAGGCCUGUGGAUGAUUGUUCUCAACAAAGACGCCGUAGAGCAUUGGGAGGCAGAAGAGGAGAAACGGAAGGCGAACGGCCCUUUCGGAUUUCUGCAUAGGUCCAAGAACUAGGAGAUGCUCAUCCGUCUUUUGAUGGUCUCCAGCUGAGCAGCGGUCGUGAUAGAGUGGGGGAUGGGUAGUGCACAAGUGCC